AAAAAGGAAGCCUGUCGCCCACGAUCGACGGCAGCACCCGCGGAGGCCGGGUCUGCCAUGUCCUUCACCAAGAAAGACGAACUGAAUGACGCGCAAGUGUCCGAGCUGCGGGACUUGUUUUUCAAGUUCGACACGGAGCGCACGGGCACGGUGGCAUUCGAGCACGUCGACGAGAUCCUCCGAACCGCCGCCCGAGUCAUCACCGACCCCGAGUUCAAGAAGCGCGUGAAGAGCACCGUGCCCGAUGACCUUGGGAAGAAGGUGCAGUUUCCAGAGUUUGUGGAAAUGGUGCAGAAGUGCACACGCGCGUUCAGCCCUCAGACAGACCUGCGCGACGCAUUCCGCGUAUUCGACCGCGAUGGCCAUGGAUUCAUCACGACGGCCGAGCUCCGUCACGUGGUUACCACACUGGGCGAGCGCAUGACGGACGAGGAGGCCGACGAGCUCACCCGGGAGGCGGACCCCACCAACGCUGGCCAUGUGAACUACGAGGAGUUUAUCAAGAUGAUCUCCACGCCAGUUCCGCUGGACCAGUAUGGCGUGCCGCCCAAGAGGAGGCCGCCGUCGAGCACCGAACUGCAGAAGCCGGGCCCCGACGAUGUGACGCCGAGUGCGUCAGGCGUGCCAGCAGAGAGGGUGUUGGUGAGCGCUGUGUCCGAGACGCAUGCCACGGGCGGCGAGGUGGCCGCGGCGGCCACGGAAGGCGGUGACAAGUCCGCGGUAUCCUCAGCACCAUCGUACGAGCAUCGUAGUGACCACAAGUCCGUCCAGGGUUCAGGAAAAUCACCCGGAAAGGGGUCCGCCUCGGGCUCCGCCAAAGAGUCAGUCUCGGCCUCUGCCAAAGGGUCUGCCUCGGCUUCCGGAAAGGGAUCCGCGAGCGCAUCGGCAGCUGGCUCCGCAGAAGGGUCCAAGAAGGCCUCUCGCAAGGGUUCUGGUACCCUAGAGAGCCCGGACGCUCCUGCUGUCGUUCCUGGUGGUCCUCCCAUAGAGGCAGUCAUGCACGAAGCACCUGCCGAGAAGGACAGCCAGGUGGCGAACAAAUGAUGUCAGCACCUGCCUCAGUGAGCCCGCUGUAAAGUCUUUGCAGCAGCGUGCUCAAACUACGGCACGGUUCGGAGAACGAGUCCCGUGGUGGCACCAUGACCGAUUUCACUACGUGGGCUGCACUUUCCGUUGGCCUGCCAAGUCCUGCUCGGAGACACCUCACGAGGACAGCGUCCAUCAAAAAUAAAGCUACCCGCCCUAACUCU